AUCAGGUACACAAGAUAUUAUAGACAGUGGAAUGUCACUAUUUAUAAUGUGAUGAAAACAUUUUUCCUUCAAUUAAUAGAUGCCUACAAUUAUUGAUUUUCUCCCAUCUAAAGAGAAUAAGAACUUGGCUGCGCUCCACUAUGUUACAAGAGCAAUUAGUGCGUUUAGCUCCUUUGUAUAUGCAUAGGGAUAUUAAAAUAGAC